AUGGACAACAGACCUGCCUCGGAGUACGCGCAGUCAGGUUCGCAUUAUCCAUAUCCACCGUCUGCUGCGACCCAUUCUGAACUCCCAGUUGCAGACCAGGCUUCUGCUGCUGCCACUGCUCAAUACACCCCUCAGACUGAGGUCCGCCCUACUCCUCAGUACACCCCCCAACCCGAGGUCCGCCCCGCCGCCAAUAUUUCGUCUUCCAACACGCCGCAGUCAGACUACGGUCUGAAUCAGCCGCCCGCCGCGCGCUCUCCUGCUUACCACGAGUACAUCGGCCGCCCGCCUCAAUACCACCACGCGCCUAACACCCAAGCCGGUGGAGCGGCAGGUAUGGCUCAAGCAACAAAUCCCUCAAUCGCGGCAUCCAGCCCCACCUAUCCUCCUCCCUACUCUCCCUACCAGCCCCAAGGUCACGAUAUGGCACAAUACCAGGGGCACCCCCCUCCGCCCCCGCCUCAGAUGUAUACGCGUCCGGAAUGGUCGCAUGGGUAUGGACAACAUCAACACGGUCUGCCUGGACCCUAUACCACUCCUGCCACAACGGUAUACUCCUUUGUUCCCAUUCCUGGCGCGCAGCAGCACAAGCGGCCCCGUCGUCGGUAUGAGGAGAUUGAGCGGAUGUACAAGUGUGGGUGGAACGGAUGUGAGAAGGCGUAUGGUACGCUGAACCAUCUGAACGCCCACGUCACGAUGCAGUCUCAUGGCGCCAAGCGCACACCCGAAGAAUUCAAGGAGAUUCGCAAAGAGUGGAAAGCUCGAAAGAAGGAGGAAGAGGCCCAGCGCAAGGCUGCUGAGGAGCGCGAGCGUGCUGCCGCUGCUCAAGCUGCCCAGGCCAACCAGGUCGACGCACCCAAUCCUGCGGAUCCCGCUCAGGCUGGGCAACCACCUGCCUACCCGGGUGGUGUUCGUCCUCAAUUACCUCCCAUUGGAUAUCAACCUGCCGACGGUCAGGUACCGGGGCAGUACGGAGCUGGAGCCGGAGGUAUGGUGUAUCAGGGCAAUGGGCAGAUGGCAUACCCGCCAAACUACCCUCACUCCCCUUAUGGACAGACCGGUCAAGUGUACCAGCCACGUAAGUAG